GAGCCGGCCCAGCUCACACGAGCGUGCCGGGGACCGCACAGCGGCCGCUUCCGCACUUGCAGGGACGGAACCAGCCCGGCCCGUCGGCCCCGCCUUGGGCGGGGACCCCCCAGAGCGGCGGAGGCAGCGCGUGGCCGCAGCGGCAACAGCGGAGGGCGGGCUCCGUGGGCCGGGCUGGUUACCCUGGAAACCAACACCGCGUGCGGCGGCGCCUCCAACUUGCCCGGUAGCGCCCAGCUCGUCCCACCCCUCAGCGAAGAGACUCGCCGUGAGCGAGCAAUGGAGAAUACAACUUUAAGUAUAGAAUCUGAAUACAUCAAGAACCUCCAGCAACAAAUCUACUUCCUUGAACUGGAAGCCAAUUUUCUAUAUCCUUCAAUAUAUCUUGCUAAAAAAUGAGAUAAAUAUAUUCAAGAAAAACUUCAAAAAAAAGCCACUGAUCUUCAACCCCACAUUACCUCUGAAACUGAACACUUGCUUCAAAAGCUACAGGACUUACAGUCCCAAAAUGAUGGCCUCCAUUUAGAACUCAAGCGAAAGGAAGCCAGUUUGAAUAUGCUGAAAACAGACAGAGAACGAAUUAAUAACCAGAUCAAUGUUGCAGCUGAACUUCAUUCUAGAGAGAAGCAGACUUUAGUAGAAGAGAUCAUACAACUGAAGGGAAGGAAGGAACAGACAGACAGAGGACAGGCCUCUGAAAAGGAAAUGAAGCUAUUGCGUGCCAAGCAGCAAUUAGAACAGCAACAAACCAGCCUGAGUAAUUGUGAACAGAAAAUCCUUAUGAUAUAGUCAAAGUUAAAGCAAUGGUCAGAGCAGCAGACGGCAGUAGAGUUGCAGCUUUCUGAAAAGAGAGGGGAACUUAUGAAAGUGCAGUUUGCUGUGCAUGAAAUGGAAGACAAAAUAUUUAAAAAAACAGCAAUGCUGCAAGACCAGAUCACACAUGGCAUCAGACUGGAGCUAAGUUUUCUUCAUAAGCAACUGAGAGAGAAAGAUCUACUGGCAGAGCAGGAUAAAAUGAUGGAUGAUUAUGCAUCCCUGACCGCAGAGAAUGCUGUGCUGCAUUCCCAGCUCUUGGAACUUAACAAGCAACUGAACAUAGAGAGAGCCCUCAUGGAAGAGAGUUAUACAUUUCAGUCUUCCAGCUUUACUCAGCUUCUCACAGUGAAAGACCAAGAAGAGCAUCUGAAACAUGAGAUCAAGAUGCACCAAGAGCUCUUGCAGCAGGAAAAGAAAAACUUGCAAGACAUUAUGGAAAAGAUUCAUAUUUUGGAACAAGGAAGCACAUCUCUUGAUUUCAAUGUUGCAACAAUAUGUAGUCAAAUAGCUGAAAUGAAGGGUAUGCUGGACAAAGAGGAACAGGAUAAUACUGAACUACAAAGAGAUAAAGCUUUGUUGGUAGAUCUUGUAUCUAGUUUACAAAACCAGCUUGAUGGGAGGGACAAUGAACUCUUGCAAAUAUCUACUAAGAUGCUGCAGCUUGAUCAGGAUAUGUCAGCACUGAAAACAAACCAUGUGUUACGUCAGUCUCUUCAGUCAGAAAAAUGGCAGGAAAUCUCCAAAAUGGCAAGCUCGAUGAGGAAACUUACCAAAUCAGUGACAGAUAUAGUGGAUAGCAUGGGGAAAUAUUAGGUUGGGUGACAAUUAGAGGUGCUAUGCUGUAGUUAGAAAAUUAAUCCUUUAAGUACAACAUGACUUUAAUUUCAGUGGGCUAUUCAUCUUUAUGAUCGCUUUUGUUUAACAAAAUAGAUUUCAGAGAUUUUAAAUGCUAUCAAAAUACUUGUAAUGGAGCAGUUUAUUUUUCACUCUGCCACAUAAACAUGAGAUUGUCUUCAUAAAGCCAAUCAACAAUAUCGAUUUGGUUCUUCAAAUAUUUGAAAUCUAAUAAAUGUGGAUCUAGCUUUGGUGAUUGCCAAAUAUUGUAAUUUUGGUGAGUAAAAUGUUACUCAGUUUUUCUUUACACAGUAAUGAAUAAGAUUUCUUGUGUGAAAAAAUGAGUGAUGUGAGUGAAAAAGAUUUCACCCAUAAUAGGGCUUCAUAAAAUUAUGAAUAAAAUAACCUAUUUUUUUAGCAGAUUGAUUGGAUUUAGAUGCAUAAUUCUCAUUAAAUUUAAAAGCAAAUGUACUAAUUGUGCUCUAUUCAGUGAAACAGUUAUAUAGAGAGAGGGGUUGCUCUGCCGUUUCACAAAUUUUUCACUAUAUCCUGGCAUUAGUGUAUUUUGAAAUUCUUAAUCCAAAAUAUCUAUUCACAUAAAUUAGAGAGACAAGGUUGGUGAGGUAGUAUUUUUUUUGGACCAACUUCUGUUGGUGAGAGAAACAAGCUUUCAAGCUACACCAAACUCCUCUUCGGGUCCUAAGAUAUUACCUCACCCACUUUUUCUCUAAUAUCCUACGAUCAACACAGCUACACCAGCACUGCAUAUUGACUUAAAUAGUAUUUCUGUGCAGAGAUCUAUUUAUGGAAGAAUGUCUCCUUAUUUGAAAAGAUAUGAAACACUGCAAAAUCAGUUUCUCACAUUCAGCAUACUACUGUCACCCUUGCAUAAGUAGUAAACUCUUCUGUGCAGUCAAAAGAGAUGUAUAAAUCACAAAUGGGGCGGGCUUGCCGGAAAAAAACCUAUUCAUAUUUUACAAUCAUUCAAAUUCAAAAGCAACAUUCUAUGCAUAUUAAAAGGAAUUUUUUUUCAAAUGUAUAUGAAUUAAGGCUGCCUUGGGCAGAUCUGGCACUUUCAAGUUUUGUCUUCAAAAAACAAAGUUGAGCUGUAAUAUGAAGUUUGUACUUUGCAGUGUUCUAAAAUAUUUUCCUAUAAACAAUCAUUUUUCUUACUUAUAAAUCUUCAUUUUAGACUAUCUAUAAUCCUUUUCAUUUAGUUCCAUUAUUUUUUCUUAAAAAUGUUACAUGUUGUUAGACCCACAAAUAAGGGUCCAAUAUGUUCUUUACCUCAUGUUACCUUAUUGCCCUGAUAUCUUUACUCUCUCAUUUUAGCCUCCAACAAGUCCAGGCUGCAAUGUACUGAAUGCUAGAGCUGGCUGAAUACCAGAUUUUUCAGUUUG